AUGCCAGGAUUUCACUUUGUCAAUACUCACAUUGCGCAUUUGGAUUGUCCGGCAAACAUCAGCAGCAGCUUCAUGCAGCACUCGCUCGUCUCGCUGGACAUCUCCGACAAUCAGCUGCAAGGAUUGCCAUUGGAUUCGUUGAAAAAUGUCCAUACGUUAAGCCGAUUAGUGGCACAGAGGAACAACAUCCACCACCUGGACGGUAACUGGGGCAGCCUGGUGGACUCGUUGCGGAGUCUGCACAUUUCCGGUAAUUCGAUUUCGGAGUUGUCGCUGUUUUUGCACGAGGACAAGCGAUCCAAUCACACGGUUCCAACGUUCCAGGCAUCGUCUUCGAUAAUCACCGCAAAGCACCCACCGUUGCUGGUCCCAUUGCCAGCGUCCCCGCAGCAACAACAGAAAGCGUUUGCCAAGCUGAAAAAACUCGUGUGGCUGGAUAUCAGCUCCAAUCGGAUAGCACACAUUGGGCCAAAUAUUUUCCCGAAAUCUCUGGUGACGAUUGAUUUGUCGAAAAACAUUCUGAGUGCGUUUCCUGCCACAGUAUUGGAGCAUUUGCACGAUUUGCGGAUCCUAUCGCUGAAGGACAAUUUGAUAGCAAAGCUGACCGGGGUGGAAAUGGUGGGGUCUCGAAUUAGGUUCGAAAAGCUGGACCUCAGCAUAAAUCUGAUAGACGAGUUGCCGCCGGGGCUGUUCAAUGGCAGUGUUCGUGUGAAGGCUAUCAAUUUCGAUAAGAAUUUCAUACGCAGCAUACCGGUGGACGCGUUUCGGGACCUGGGGGUGGUACAUAUGGUGUUGGCAUUCAACUUCAUCGAAUUGGUGGAUGAUGAAGCGUUUGCCACGUUGGAGCCAUCGCUGGAAUAUUUGGACCUAGAGCGAAAUCGACUACUGACGGUCCCAAAUGCGAUUAGUAGUUUGUAUAAAUUGCGGUAUCUGUACUUGACAUCGAAUGAACUGACGGCAGUUGACCGGCUGCCAGCAACGCUGAAAGUGCUCUCGCUGAGUGGCAAUAAUUUUACCUCCAUUCCGGUGGAUGGACUCGCUAAUUGUACGGAGCUGUCGUACCUGAACAUGGGCUACAAUAAAAUAGCGGAAAUUGCGGAGAACGAUUUCGUCGGAUGGGGUGCCAAUUUGCAGACACUGCUACUGAGGAACAAUAAAAUAACUAGCCUCAAUUAUGGGGUUUUCAAUGGACUGGACACGAUAAAGGAGAUUAGCUUGAGCUUUAACGAUAUCCAUUAUGUGCACCCGAAUGUGUUCGAUAAUGUGUCCGGCACGUUGAAGAUCCUGGAGUUGUCGUUCGGAAUCUAUCGGGAGGAAUAUCCAAUGGAUGCACUGAGCGUGCUAACCGAGUUAAUGUGGCUGGGGCUCGAUAAUAACAACCUGAAGGUGAUUCCUGACGAGGCCCUCUCCACUCUGAGCCAGCUGACGUACGUGAAUUUCGCAUUCAAUCGUAUCACGGUGCUGCCACGCAUGGUGUUCCGGUCGGACAUCCACAAAAAUCUCGUCGAAAUUGAUUUGUCAUUCAAUCAGAUCGAAACUCUUCACUCCAGCACGUUCGAUAAUCUGGAGCUGAUUCAAAUCAUAAAUUUGUCCUCGAACAAAAUAAAAAGCAUCGAGAAAAGCUGUUUUUUCGAUCUGCCCUACCUGACGUACGUGGACCUGUCAUCCAAUGGGUUGCAAAACGUGAGCGAAGCUGCGUUCAGUUUUCUGCCGGCGCUUCUGAGUGUGGACCUGAUGUACAACGAGAUGAGUACGUUCACGUUGAAAAUGUUCAAGCACGUUUCGAAUGCCACCACCCCCAUGAGGCUGAAUAUUAGCAACAAUGCGAUCGAUAAUUUUGACGGAGACGUGAACUCGCUGCUGUAUGUCUACUCACUGGACGCCAGUCACAAUCUGCUGCAGGAGCCUCUCGCUUUCCGUGCUCUGGCCUACUCGCUCCGCAUACUCUAUCUGAAUUGGAACAAUUUUACCACGCUCCAGAAUCAUGCCUUCGGUGAUUUACAGAUACUGGAAAUCCUCAACCUUGCUCACAACAAUAUAUCAUCAUUAAGACGACGCAGUUUCGCCGGUUUGGUCAACCUGCAGGAAUUCGAUUUGAGCCAUAACAAAAUUGAAGUGCUGCAAAUUGAGCAAUUUUCUCCGUUGAAAAAGCUUCGUCUACUGAAACUGAACAACAAUCGUCUUCGGGCAGUACCGCGUGAUGCUUUUCUCAACACGCGAAUUGAAUUUUUGGAUCUCUCUAACAAUCUAUUUGCUGCCUGGCAGGCAACCGCAUUUGCCGACAUUGGAUUCACGCUUCGCUCAAUCCAGUUUAGCAAUAACCUGCUGGAGUUUCUCGACGAGUACAUGUUCACUAGCACCCAAUACCUCCUGGAGCUUAACCUCUCCUACAAUCAAAUAAAACUCAUUCCCGACAAUGGUUUUGCCAAUCUCAACAAUUUAACCAUUUUGGAUCUCAGUUGGAACCCGUUCAUCACCAUUAAUUUUAAAGAAAUCUUUCUGAACGUGCCACGGCUUCACGAACUACAUCUCCAGCACACUGGCCUUUAUCGCUUACCUUCGCUCAUACUCCCCCAACUAGUCACUAUCGACAUCAGCCACAAUCACAUCCAAGAAAUCGAAUCUCUCGAAGAGCUCUACUACUUACGAGAAUUCUACGCCAAAGACAAUAAAAUAAAUAACAUCACCAAUUUGCUCCGAAACAUCCCAUCAUCCAUUCGAGUGCUGGAAAUCUCCCGAAAUCCCAUCCGAAAAAUCUCUUUUCACGACUUCGCUCAGAACCGUCGCCUGGAAGAGCUCUUCAUCGAAGACAUCAAAAUUACCAAUCCGGACAUUUUCAUCAAACUGCACAACCUGAAGAAACUGCGCAUCAACUCGCAGCACAACUUCUCCGAGCUGAUCUCCAAACUGCGUGGACUCCAGGAACUUUACGUCACCGUCUACGAGGACCACAUCGACGACAAUCUCUUCACGGCCAAAAUGCACACCAUCACCAAACUUAAUCUGCUGGAAAUAACCGGACGCCGGCUGGUGCAGAUCCACCACAAAGCGUUCGUCGGCCUGGCACGUAACCACGAUCUCAAGCUGCGGAUACGAAACACCCUGGUGAACGACCUCCCGCCGGGGAUAUUCUAUGCCCUCAAGUACAUCCCCCGGUUGAGCAUCGACCUGUCGGAUAACAUGCUGGCGGCGCUGGCGCCCGAUAGCUUCUAUCCGAAUGCGAGCUCGUGGGACGCCGUGGGGACCCGCAGCGUCAUCGGCGGUCUCGACAUCAGCAAUAAUCCCAUGCAGUGCGACUGCGGCCUGGUGUGGUUGGGGCACUGGCUGAGGCGGUGGCUUCGGGAGACCACCCAGGUGAACCCGAUCCAGAAGGACGAGAUGCGGAAGAUGAUCCGGCGGGCGAAACGGAGCACCUGCACGGACCCGCUGACCGGCCGGCGGUUACCUUUCCUGGAGAUGUUCCCGGAGGAUUUGCUGUGCCACGCGAGUGCCCUCAGCAGUUUGGCGCUCAAGCUGCGCUUCCGCUUUAUGAUCAUCUGCCUGAACGUGCUGCUAAUAGUCGUACAUAAAUCUAGGAUUCUGAUAUUUUAAUGCUCCGGUUCCGCUCGCAAAUCCCGACCCAGCCCAACCACCAGCAGCAAGCCACCUACAACACCGUCAUGAAGCAUCCUCGUUUGUGGGUCCACGUGGAGGGAAGACGAAAAGCAGCUUCUUUUUAUGUGCCUCGACCGGCAGUAAUUUCUUACUUCUCGUGAGGGCCUGGAGAGGCGGUCAGUCAAGUGAUGCGGAUUAGAAUGUAUUCCUACAAUUUGCCGUUAAAAUGUGGUGCACGGAGGUAAGACAGUGCAGCAAAAGGGCGUGAACGAGAGAAUAGCAGAUAUACAUAUGAGGCCAUGUGUGAAUAGCAAAUUUCUGAUUGCUGCAAUAUUGUGGGAUAAGUUCGUUGUAUAUAAUAGGGAAAUAUUUUUUUUAAUCGACUAAAAGGUCCAAAUUAGUGUUAUAUAACUCCUUUUCUCGAAAGUUGUUGGAAAUCAAUGAUAACAAGAAAAACAGCACAAUGGAAAAUUGAAAUGCUUUGGUAAAAUUCAAUAACUCAAACGAAACCGAAAUGUUUUACAAAUCAAUAAACAAUCAUGGUCCUACAAUUUUGUUGGUAC